CCUACUUAUGGGCCUGUACCUAAUCCUGAUCGCCGGUGCAGACGUGAGAUUCCAAGGUUCCUACGUUUGGCACGAGCGGGAAUGGCGUAUGGGGACCGCAUGUAAAGUGGCGGGCUUCUUGUCCACUUGCUCAAGCGAGUCGUCGGCCAUCUUUAUCUUCCUCAUCACCCUCGACCGCUUCCUGGUCAUCAAGUUCCCGUUUGGUCAAGUCAGGUUUUCCCUACCGGUCCUGGUCGUGUCCUGUACGGUUGCAUGGCUGAUAGGCUUGACCAUCGCUCUCCUGCCACUCCUACCUCCGUUUGAUCACUGGGUCAUCUACUCCACUAGUGGGAUGUGCCUGGGGCUUCCUUUGACCAGUGAGAAGACACCUGGUUGGCAGUUCUCCUUUCUCGUCUUCAUCGUUUUCAACUUCUUUCUCUUCAUCUGUAUCGCUCUGGGGCAGUUCAUGAUCUAUAGGAUUGAUGGCCAUUUCGGGACAGGACAUAGGAGGUGAGGUGUACGCCUGGUCCGCAGUGCUGGUUCUGCCUGUGAACUCGGCCUUGAACCCUGUGUUGUAUACGGUGCCGGCAGUGAGGAAGAAAUGGGCCGAGAUCAAAGAUAAGCAUCUGAGGAGGAAGUUCACAAGGUCAAAGUCAGACGUUAGAACCACGAGCAAAGAGACAUGCAGUACCACAAGGACUACAACAGCAGAUGGCCGAAUUUAGUAACAUCCUUUUGGGGUGCGAACUGGGGCCAUCCGUAUCGUACAACAGAACGGUACCAAAUGAGCUUAAGGAAGACCCAGUCUAUAUUUAUAAUUGACCCCCCCCUCUCUCUCUUCCC